CUAUUUAUUGUGCUGCUUCGAACCUCUGCCACCAGGUGAGGCGAUUGACACGAUUGAUUGGCUUCGCACUGUCUCGGGGCAAUAUGUCCGAAUACAAGAUCUCGUAUAAUCCUGAGCUGGUAUGGCUUCUUUCUCUGCGUCUGGUGUUGUCUAAUGAUAGGGAUACUUACCAACUCUACCACCGCUACGAAGAAACCCCUCCAAAGCACGAUUGGAAAACCGCUGCCCUUCGCGGCCCCGCUCUCCCCGCGCUGGGGAACGCCGUCGCCGGUGCCGUCGGAGCGGCGGUCUCCAAUCUCGCCACCUACCCUCUCAGUCUGAUCAUCGCGCGAUUGCAAACGCAGAGUCAAAGGAAGAAGGACAAGGGGAAGGCGAAAUCCGAUGGCGAUGACGAAGACGAAGGUGAUGACGAAGAGUACACGGAUUUCAUCGAUGCCGCUCGCAAGAUCUACGCCCGGGAGGGACUAGGGAGCUUCUACACUGGUCUGGCGCAGGAUACGGCGAAGACUGUCGCGGACUCGUUCCUCUUCUUCCUGGCGUAUGGCUUCUUCAGACAGCGGAGGAUCAAUGCGCGGUUUGGCGCGAGCAGGAGGAACAAGCAUACGGUGCUCCCUGUGCUGGAUGAGUUGGCGGUGGGUGUGCUGGCGGGCGCUUUCGCGAAGCUGUUCACGACGCCGUUGGCGAACAUCGUGGCGCGGAAGCAGACGUCCAAGGCGUCGGUGAGUGCCAGAGAUAUUGCGGCGAAGAUCAAGGCGGAGAAGGGGCUGAAGGGGUUUUGGUCUGGGUAUUCGGCGUCGCUGAUCCUGACGCUGAACCCGUCCAUUACCUUCUUCUUGAACGAGGUGCUCAAAUACAGUUUUCUUCGUCGGGACCAGCGGGGUGGCCGCUCCUCGUCGGCGAUUAUUACGUUCCUGUUGGCUGCGAUUAGCAAGUCGGCCGCCUCGUCGGUCACGUAUCCGUUCUCCAUGGCCAAAACACGAGCGCAGGUCACGGGUUCUAAUGCGCCAGCGGCUGGGAAGAGUGCGGAUAGCGGCGAGAAAGAUGAUACCGACGAGGGAAUAUCCUUGACGCCGGCGAUUAUCUCGAACGUGAUUGCGAUCGCCCGAACGGACGGCGUCUCUGCGCUCUACGCCGGCUUACCCGGGGAGAUCCUGAAGGGGUUCUUCUCCCACGGCUUUACCAUGCUCGCCAAGGAUGCCAUCUACUCCGCCAUCGUUCAUAGUUACUAUCUCCUUCUCGUGGUCCUGAGGAGAUACCCGACCCCCGAAGAAUUAAUCGAGCGCGCGCGCGAACAGGCCGAGGAGUGGGCGGAUGCAGCCCGGGAAGGCGCCCGGGACCUCGCUGACAAGGCGCGACAGGACACGGGCGAGAUCCUGGGCAGUCAUUCGGGCAACGUGGCGGUCGAGAUGACCUCGAGUAGCGGACCUGGCGGUGUGGAUUUCUGGUCGGAUUCCAACGAGACGGCGGAGAUGGUAGGCGACUAUGUGGAGGAUGAAGCGGCUGAAUGGCGCAGUCUGUACCAUUGGUUUUGGGAGAAGGAGAAAUUUGGGAAAGAGUAGUUCUCCUUCCGCAGUACUGCACCGGGUGGUUGUGUCUGUUUCAUAUUGAAUCCGGUGAUCCAUGCGGCUUCUUUUCAGCGGGAGUUUUUGUGGCGGUCCAAUCUGCUGUCUCUUUUCUUUUUUCUUUGUCCCCGAUCCAUAACUAGUCCAUGCAUCUCAUUUUCUGACUUGUCAA